CCAACCUAACCAUAUAAAUAGCAAUACAUUUCCCAUUCCUAAUUUAACAGUGUUAUUAUGUUACUGUAGUUUGUUAGAACAGUUGACUUCGUGCAAAAAACAGAUUGUUUAUAAAAAAGAAUACAGUCUGCAGUCAGCUGAAUCAAUGCCGAAGAAAAAAGGGGACUGGAAAUGUACAAAUUCAGAUUUUACGUUAAAAGACUCCGCAGACGCGCCAAAACCAAUCAGACGUCUGAAAAAAGCACAAAUAACAGAUACCGGUGAAGUAUCAUGGGAUGAAAUGGCAGACUAUGACCUGGUGGAAGAGAUAGAUGCAGAGGGCUACAAAAGGUACAUAUACAAGAAGAAGAGCAGUGCGAAACUUGAAGUUGACAUUGACAAGCGGCCAGGUAUUGUAUACCCGGAAAUUGUAUUUUAUUUGAUUUCUGCAUAUAUCAAACCGGAGCAAAUAGGCAGUUUUGCUGCCAUAAAUAAAGCCUCAUACGCCUGCACGCAAAGGGAAUCAUUCUGGCGCAAUCUAUACAAGCGUUACUGUCAGGGUCAUCCUCGGUUACCACCGAGAUUGAGGAUUGAGAAUAGUUUUAAAGUGUAUGGCUUAAAGCAGAGAGUCAUACGAGCGUUGCACCAUACGUACAGCGUGUUUGUACAUAAGAUUGAGCUUGAUGCUAUACAGGACAGUAGACCGCAUCGACUGGUGAAACGUCGCUGCAUAAAUGUCUGGUAUAAUAAAGGACCAAUUUAUUGGCUGGUGUAUUUUAAGUUAAAGAAGGUGCCGCUGGAACGGCCGCAGAAUGAGAACGGGAAUAUGUUGGACGAGCUGGACAGGAUUGAUGCUAAUCCGGAUGAGGAUUGUCAAGUGUUGCAGGUGACCUGCACAAGUUUUCACGAAGUCCCACCACUCCUCGGCAUGACACUGAGCUCAGUCUCCGUUGUCCUCUCACCAGGGUUCCGCCACCACCGUCUCAGUCUCGGCUUUAGCACCAGCGCUCAUAAUAUAUCCCGGAACUUAGUUCCAGACCAAUCUGUUGUCAUAGAUACCGUUGUAACUAUCUUUGUGUUUGACUGGUGGCACCCAAAGUACCCGCAUUUUGAUAAUACCCUGCCUGCGAGGGUGAAGGAUGAGGAAUCUAUGCCGGUGCUGAAGAAAGAAUUCUUUAAUAUGAGUUUAGCGGAUUGAUUGAGGUCUUUUGGUGAUAUGUGUCGUUAUUGUGCUGUUUUAUUUAACCAUUUGACCGCCAAAGAUGUCAACUGACGCGCGCGGCUACAGAUCAAAAUCAACCUUCGUGCAUUCCGGCCAGGUUCAAAAUGACGCGCCGCAUACGAUGGGCGCUUUUAAAGGCUCAAAAGUAAUUUAGGGAAAAGGAUGCAUACCAUAAAAGUCUAUCAAUAUAAUUUCGACCUUUCUAUCAAAUUUAAGUUAAAUUACGUCCUUUUUAUAACGGGUUGGACCGAAUAACUCCACGUAUUUGACGUCAUUUCAGACGGUAUUAUAUUAACCCUACUUCACGCUAUGAGCAUUUUGCCGCCCGUGGUUGUUGUGAUUACUUGAACAUUAUGAACACGGUACAUUUGCUAAGGUAUUUUAUGUACUAGUGUAAAACUAUAAUAAAUGUAACUUUUUCUAAUA